AUGUGCAAGCACAUCCUCAACGCCCAGGUAUCCAUCCGCUCUCCCUGCUGUCGAAAAUGGUUCGACUGCGCCGAAUGCCACCAAGAACAAGAACCCCACCCGCUCGCCAAAUCCACCGAAAUGAUAUUCGCCUGUAAAAAGUGCAAAAAGUGUUUCCGGAAGGACGCCACUGAGUUCGACGAGAGUGACGAAUACUGCCCGCACUGCGAUAACCAUUUCGUGAUCGACGCCUUGACUCCUAAGGCUGCGCUGCAGGUCGAGGGCGAGGAUGCCCGUGUAGAUGCCAGAAUGAUCAAGGACGACCGUGUGCGUGGACAUAACGAACGAUCGAUAUUCAGCGCCAAAGAUGCGGCGGAUCGUCUGGGCUAA